AUGCCGAGGAUGCGUAACGAUCCCAACUUCAAUGUUUGUCCAGACUACGCGUCGGAUGGUUUUGCCAAUACUCGAGCUCAACUCAUCAGUGAUGAGGUUACUGAAGAACAGGCGAUACAACUACUCAAGAACAUCUGGGAGGCGAAUAACAACGUAGACAAGGUAGCCUGGCAACGCCAAGUAGCAGAAGAUAGAGAAGAGCACGCUCACCGCAAACAACUUGAAGAGGAGGAGCAAGAGAGAAUUGAACAAGCGCGAAUUCAAGAAGAAGAGGCCGCUUGCAAGGAAGAUAGGAAGAAGAAUAAGCACAAGUUCACGCCAAUUCUCAAUACAGGAAUACUGGAUGACCCAGCUACCACACCGUGCUCCUACGCGCUUAGGAAAAUAGAAAAAGGCGAGUAUGUUGAAAUAUGGUAUUUCACUAACGACGGCCUGGAUGAAGCCAAUCUAAAGAAAACAGUGGACGAUGAUGCCAUGAUCAUGUCCACUCUGGCAGACAGUUCGUCAGCAUGGGUCUCAGCGGCGUCCACUCGCAGCGCUCGCGCCGUCGUUAACGACGAAGACUUACCGUUUGAGGAAUUCUGCCAAGCCUGCCCUCGCAUGCUGACAGCAAUGGGCAAAGCAGACUGGCCAGAGGACAGGGUCAGAAUGAUGGCCAAGUUCUGGAGGAACAUCCAGGUUCACGAGUACCAGUCCAUGCGGAACCUGAUAGGGCAGAAGGCCCUGCUGGCCUACCAGGCAGAGCAACGCAGACGUUGGCACAUCACAGUAAAGACGUCUGUGGGUCCCUACGACCUAUCUAUCGUCAACAAGAAAGUUCUACAAGAGACAAGAGAGAGGGUUUACUGGGAUGAACGCGACAAGAGAGACAAUGCUAGGAACUACAAGGUCAGUCUUAUUCAAUCAAUGAAACAUAAGCUUGAGCUAAUCACUUGGUUUUAA